AUGCCAAAAAGUGCCACCCAGUUCAUCAUAGACGCCUCAACCGGCAAGGCGAUCUUUCUCAAAACCUUUGAUGCCUUCUGCAAGGAUGACCCCGAGACAGCGCUCCAGAGCAUCGUCGACCAUUCUGGUUACGAUCUAUCCCCCAACAGUCUAGAAACUGCAUUUACGCAGGUCUUGUCUGACAAAACACACGCAAUCUCGUCUUUUGGUGGAAAGUACAUUUUUACGGAACCACCCGAUCUAAAAGACAAAGCGAUGAUUGUCAAUCCUACCGUUGGAAUCAUAGUCAUGCUUGGCGAGAAGGCAACGCCGCAGCUUGUUGGUACUGCGCAAUUUAAAUGGACGCUCAAAAAGAGAAAAGAGACGUACACCAUGUCAUUUGACCCGGGAUACAAAAUUGACGAGCUGCCCAAGGACCACAGCUGCGAAGGCACUAGAGGUCCCGCCAAGGAGCAGGUCAAGGCUUAUCAGAAGGUGCCUCCCCUUCCUGCGCCCUCUUCGCCGACAUCUUCGCCAGAAUCAACACCUCCCUCCUCGCCUCCUAGUUCUCCAAAGCUGGGUCCUCUACCGGAUCCUCAGGAUACGGGCGGCGUCAACACAGCAGUAGUUAUUGGCUCCCUGGUGGGUGUCGGAGGUGGUCUAGCGUUAGCUGCAGGUGUAUACUGUAAUCAAAAGCGACUCGCCAAAUUUGGACGACAUGUUUCGAACUUGAUACAGAGAAGAGAAAUUUGUCGUGACAUUAUGCUGGAGGAGAUGCGGUCCCCUCGUGUCAAUGUAGAUUGUAGGCCGCUUCAACCAUUAGUGGACGGCGAACUUUCACGCACUUUGCAGGAUUUCUUGAAUGAGGCACAUACCGAGGCUGAGGAUUUGACUCCAGAACAAGAGGAGUCAAUCUUUGAAGAUGCAAUGACUCGUGCAGGGGAUGUGUAUGAUAAAGGUAUUGACGACCAAUACCAAGGAGCCGCGAAAAUCAAAUAUGAAGGGGCUACCGAAGUUGCUGAUAUGCCUUAUGAAACCACUGUUGUGCCAGCGGUUGAGGUUGAGGCUCAAGAGGCGUCUGAAAAGCUUAAGGCUAAUUUUGAGCCUUAUGUCAGAGCCAAACUAGGCGUCUGUAAAGAAAAGUCCAUCUCCCUGAAAGCUACCAAAGAUGGGAUUACUCUCAGAAAGGCAGCCCACACUGCUCAACAGCAGGUCGAGACAGCAGAAAGACAGAUUGGGGAAAAGGAGAAGGCCAGGGGGGAGGUUGAAAAGGAACUGAGAGACAAGACUAUAUCAGAUGAGAGGAGAAAAGAGUUGGAAGAAAGGGAUGCCACGCUGAUAUCAGAAAUCGGACAACUUGAGGCGGAGAAGAAAGAGGCAGAGCAAAGGAGGGAUACGGCCACAGAGGAUGCUGGAGACGAGGAUACUAAGAAGGAGACCGCUGACAGAAAGGCCAAGGAGCACCAAGACGAAGCUGAUAAACAUGCCGAUGAUGUUUUUGGUCCACGUUAA